AUGGCCUCGAUCGCGAUGGCAGCCCGCGCGCUGAUCCUCGCCGUGGCCGUGGCCGGCAACUUACUCGAGCGCCCGUCGUCGCCGUUCCACGACGUCAGCGCAACUUGGCAGGAGACCCUCGACGCGGCCCUCGCGCGGACCGGGCCGCUCUCCGCCGGCGACGUGGAAAGAUAUUUUGUCGACGGCUUCCUCAAGGUCGAGGGCGUGCUCGACGGCGCCAUGCUCGCGGAGCUCCGCGGCGACGUGGACGCGAAGCAAACCGAGUUCGCGCGGAGCCUGCUCGCCGAGGGCAGGCUCAACGGCACGAUCGACGCGUGGGCGGCGAUCCCAUGGGACGAGAAGCUCCUGCGCAUGCAGGACGCGCAGCUCGGCGUGCCGGCGGACGCCGACGGGAAGCUCGCGAUCCACCCCGCGUGGAACCUGCGCGGGAAGAUGCCGUCCCACGACGAGACGGAGGUGCCGUGGCACCAGGACAACAGCUACUGGGAGCCGCGCCUCUGGAGCCAGCAGAUCUUCACGGCCUGGGUGCCCCUCGUCGACGCGACGCCGGCGAACGGCUGCAUGGAGUACAUCCGCGGGUCGCACAAAAAGGGCCAGACCGUGACGCACACGUGCUGCCUCGGGAACACGUGGUACACCGAGACCUCGCUCGCGGACGUCGCGGCGCAGCUCGGCCUCCCCGACGCCGCGGACCGCGCGACGCUCGUGCCGGCCAGGGCCGGCGACGUGAUCUUCUUCGGCCCGACGAUGGUCCAUCGUUCCAUCAAGAAUUCGGGCAGCACCAUCCGCUGGAGCGCGGACCUGCGGUGGCACCAGGUCGGCGGGCCGGGCGCGCCGCCGCCGCCGGAGCGCGCCGGCGGCGACGAGCUCGACUUCUUCUACGGCCUCAAGAACUCGCUCGUCAUCGCGGAGCCCGGGGCGACGGUGGCGCCCGGGUCGCCGGCCAUGGACGCCUGGGCCUCCAUCGACCGGAGCGAGGUCCAGGAGGCGGGGCUCAACACGAAGGCCGCGGCCAUCGACCUCGACCCUAUUGUCACGGGGCCAUGGAUGGACAUCUGGAACAUCACGCACCGCAACCGCCACGUGGACCGCUACGUCGCGUCCCUCCCGGCGGCGGUCCGCGCCGCCGUCGACGGCGCCCGCACGGACCUGUGA